AUGGCCCAUCGUCCUCAGCAAAGCCCCAGUGCCCUCCAUUUUCCCGCCCCCUACAUCUCCAUCGGCGAUGGCACCACCACGCCGUUGGAGUUAGUCUACGCACUGGUCCGACGGCGCAUGCAGAACCGAGAGGCCCAGCGCCGCUUCCGCGAGCGCAAGGACCAACAGCAGAAAACCCUCCAGCAAAAAGCUGAGGAUCUUCAAAUCAAAUGCCAGACUUUGCUGGAUCAGUACACCAAGCGGACCGACGAGGUCUGCCGCUUGCUCAAAGAGAACGACGCCCUACGAUCCGAGGUCAAGACCCUCCGCCAGCAAUGGGAGGUUAUCUCCACUAUUUUGCACCGGCCGAAAGGUUCCCGCUCCCCGUCUGUUCUUGUGGAUGAGGCUUCGCCGUCCCCGUCGCUUUGUUCCUCGGCUGAAAGGUCAAGGAAAUUGGAUGACUUCUGGCGGCGUCUGGAUAAUUUCACCGAUGAUAGGCAGAAUUCCUCCAGCCUUAGUUAG